AUGCAGUUCUCAAUCGUCGUCAUGGCAGCUCUUGCCAGCCUGGCUUCAGCCCAGAGCAUGGACGGCAUCCCAACCUGCGCACUCCAAUGUCUCGCCCAAGCCGUCGUAACAGGCGGAUGCGAGGCCUCCGACCAGGCCUGCCAAUGCGGUCCUGCCCGGGAAGCCAUCACCGCCGCUGCCACCCCCUGUCUCCUCAGCGCCUGUACCGACGCUGCUGAUCUCGCCACGGCAGCCUCAGUGGGCAACGGCAUGUGUGAUAAGUACAAGAUGGGCGGCGAUGACGCUGCUCCUUCCCCAUCAGUGAAUACACCGGCGGCAGCUGCGCCCUACCCUACUGCGCCUGCUCCGAACGGCACCGUACCCAUUGGUACUGCCGCUGCCCCAUCACCUACCGCCAACACGAACGAGACGACUACCGUCGCGACCGGAAGCGCUCCCCAGAAUGUUGCGGGUGGAUUGGCAGGAAUCUUCGGAUUGGUGGUGGCAGCUGCUUUCGCUCUGUAG